AUGCAGCACACAGACUUGAUGCGGCCCGACGAAGAUUGGAGGCAACUAGCAGACGCCUCGGAAAGAAGAAAGAUCCAAAAUCGCAUCGCACAGCGUGCAUAUCGACGGAACAUGCGCGACCGAUUAAACAAGAUCGAGCAACUCACGAAACAGCUAAGAGCGUACGAGGAGCUCAACCUAGGGCUUCACAUCGCACGGAACGGAGAGAGCACAUCCGUAUAUCAGCAGCAACAGCAUCAGAGCAGCAGUAGCAGUCCCUCAACACUGCAGGUGCCACUGCCGCACGAAAACCGAGGGAGGAGCAGUGGAGGCUGCUCCCCUCCAUCCGAGUGGGAAGCUAUGAGUACGCCAUCAGAAGCAGAACCACAACCACAAGGACCAAGUGAAAGCAGGGAACAGUAUAUACCGGUACCACUCUCAGUUCCAAGAAGCACGCGAUUCAACUACAUGAGCCAGCAAGAAUGUGUAGCUUCAGCGGAGUAUCCACAGCGACCAAUCUCGGCAACCAACCUAAGAACAUCUGUACCUGCGUUUACAUGGCAGCCGCAGCAGAUAGAGAACAGGUCGCGAACCAGGACAAAUAGACAGAGAAAGGAAACAGGUGCAGAGCCUCUAACACCAGCGUCAAGUCUCCACCUCCCCAUAGGAGCAGAGAUGGAGAUGGAUAGGGACGGGAACGGGAUAGCCAAGUCCGAUGCAGCAGGGGUACCCGUACUGCCACUGAGCGCAGCUGAACUUUCUCCCAUGGCAGACGAGCAUUUUGCACCGGAGAUAGGGGACUGGACCGCUGAGAGUCAGAGUCAGAGUCUGAAACGGACUCCGUUGCUGCACAUGGCGGUUGCGGGGAAUCAUCUGGAUACGGUCAAGGUGCUGCUGCAGGAUGAAAGGGUCCUGAUUGAUGAGGAGGACAGCGAGGGUUUCACGGCUGUGCAGCGGGCUGUUAUGCACGGCCGGUCGAAGAUUGUUAAGCUGCUGCUUGAGCAUCAGGCUAAGACGGACCCGGGCCCCGGGUCCGGUAGGGGAGUCGAUUCACCUUUGUAG